CUCCGGGAAGAAGGGCGCGAGAUAGAAAUUUCUAAGCGCGGAAGGAGCGAUCGUUCCGCCGCAGCUGAUCGCACCCUGACUGUAGACUUCAGCUCUAAAACUCCACCUCCUGCACUGUUGGAUGCCUCUUCAAAUCCUCCAUAAAGUGCUGAAAGUCGUGAUAUUAUCAACUUUAUUUGCACAUGACGUGCAGCAGCGGUAGGGAGGAUCACUGGCGCACCGUAAACAAGAAGAAAACAAGGGAGGGAAAUGUCCUGGUGGGCGCGCGGUGAGGAUGGAGACGAAGCUAUGCAUCAGGAUACGGAUUCUGAUGUGGCUGAGCAGAAGGAAGGAGGGAAGGGGAAAGUGAAGUGGACACAAGAGGAGGAUGACAGACUUAAAAUACUGGUUCAGAAGCAGGGCUCCAAUGACUGGAGGAGCAUAGCCUGCUACUUCCCAAAUCACACAGAGCAGCAGUGUCAGCACCGCUGGUUUAAGGUCCUGGAUCCAGAACUGGUUAAAGGCCCCUGGACCAAGGAGGAGGAUGAGAAAGUCAUAGAGCUUGUGAAUCUCUACGGCAACAAACAGUGGGCAAUGGUGGCCAAGCAUCUGAAGGGCAGGCUGGGUAAGCAGUGCAGGGAGCGCUGGCACAACCACCUGAAUCCCAACGUAAAGAAGUCAUCGUGGACAGCUGAGGAAGAUCUCAUUAUCUACAAGGCCCACUGCCUGCUGGGAAACCGCUGGGCUGAGAUCGCAAAGCUGCUCCCCGGAAGGACAGACAAUGCUGUGAAGAACCACUGGAAUUCCACCAUCAAACGCAAGUUGGAGAUGGGCUUCUACGCUCGAGAGGUGUUCAGACCAAAUGAGCUUGAUGAGAUGUUGGCGCGCUUAAACGGAGACAUGCAGGUCUACUAUCUGUGCUGCUUUUUUCUGCACAAAUUGCAGGAAACGGCAGCACCUGUAGCUGUAACCACCGAUGAAGCAGAGCCGUCCAAAGCUGCCUCCACACCCAAGAACAGUGCAAGCAUCAAGAGUGAUGAUGAAACCAGCGAAGAGCCAAAUGGGACCAACUGGGUGGUUGACAGCUCCGGGUUUCUUUCCCCUACGGGACCCGCGCUAAAGGAAGUGCUGGAGAUGGUGGACGGGGACUUGGACGGCUGGUGUAACCUGGCGGCGUUCGACCUGCCGGUGGACAGCCCCAGCCCGGAGCGACACCAGUUUCGCCUGGAAGGCAGCGCCCUGCAAGAGCUGAGCAAAUGCAGCAAAGGAGAACUCAUCCCCAUCUCCCCCGGAGGGAUCAGCCCACCGUCCAUACUGACCCGCCGCAGCCGGAGACGCGUCACAUUGUCUCCAGACAGCGGCCACUCUAUGACGCCAAAGAGCACUCCUGUCAAAAUCCUGCCUUUCUCUCCAUCUCAAUUCCUGAAUCUAUGGACGAAGCAGGACUCCCAUGACCUGGAAAACCCCUCCCUUACGUCCACGCCAGUGUGCAGUCAGAAAGUCAUUGUGACCACGCCGCUGCAGCGUGACAAGACCCCCCUCACCCAGAAGGAGAACUCAGUGUUUGUUACACCCAACCGCAAGUCUGAGAUCUGCUUUACCCCACGGACUCCAACGCCGUUCAAAAACGCCAUGGAGAAGUACGGCCCUCUGCAGCCUCUGCCACAGACUCCAAACCUUGAAGAUGACAUCAAUGAGGUCAUCCUCAGAGAUGCAGGAGUAACCUCUUUGGUCAUACAGGAGACGCCACCGGAUCCAAGGCGCAAAACAAUGAAUCGCCCUCCUAUGAAUAAAGUACGGAAGUCCCUGGCUCUAGAUGUCAAGGAGGUGAUCCCAAAGUCUAAACGCAAAUGCAGCAAAGCAGAGGCCAGACGAACCAUUAAGGAAGAACCUGUUACAGUUUGUUUCAACUCCUCGUCGUUUUACAGCCAGAGGCCUGAAAACAUCUUAGACCAGGGCUUUUUGAUGGGACCAAGUGACACGAGCAUAUUUCCUAGUGCUGUGCCUCCUGCACCUAUGUCAAAAGAAUGGAUGAAAGUUGUUUGCGGGCAAACUAAAGACCAGCUGACCAUGACGGAGAAAGCAAGGCGUUACCUUAGCUCUCUGAAGAGCCAUACUCCCAGCCGGGCUCUAAUUCUGUCCUAAGAAUCGUCUGCCUCACAGUGGGAUGUGAUCUAAAGAUAAAAUGGGCAGGAAUAUUGUCUUAUUAUUGUUGUUUAUAGGUGUUAAAAAAAGAAUGAUGGUAAGAUUUAAAGACAUGGGUAAAGUUUUAAAUUGGUGAAAAGCCAGAGUUUUUGUGAGUGAACUUUCUGUAAUGUGAUCUUCAAAUUCAGGUAGCACCUCAAUAAUCCCUCCACAUGCAGAGAAACUAGCAUAUUGUAAACUUACAUGAAUAUGGCUGAUCCUCUACUUAUUAGAAAGACAAAGUUGGUUUAGCCCUGUAAUUUUUAUGCUGCAUUAAUCAUAAAACGGAGUACUUUGCUGAGCACUGUUGAGAAGGAUGAUCUAUUUGUCGUUUGUAAAUAUAUUCAGCCUAACUUGUUUUACUGUGUUUUUUCAAAAGUUGAAAUAAAAACUAAUUGCAUGUUAAG